AUGGGAAAAGGAACGGAUAAGUUAUAUAUCACUCACUCCGAGUGGGCAUCAGAAGACGCAUACUCUGCCAGCGCCGGCGCUGGAGUUGGAAAGGCAAGGAGAGGCGGCGUCCACACCUCGUUUCGACGUCUCCCAUUCAAAUUCUGUUCCCUGUCGCUCCAGCCUUUCUCGCAUCCCGUCUGCACCCCGUCGGGGACCAUCUUCGACCUCACGAACAUUCUCCCCUGGAUUAAAAAACACGGCACUAACCCCGUCGACGGAGCGCCGCUGAAGAAUUCGGAUCUUAUCAAGCUUAAUCUCGCCAAAAAUGACGCCGGCGAAUAUGUCGAUCCCGUCACCUAUAAGGUGCUGACGGAUAACACGCACAUUGUUGCGUUGCGCAACACGGGGAAUGUCUUUGCGUGGGAUACAAUAGAGCGGUUGAAUAUCAAGGGGAAGAUGUGGCGUGAUCUGGUUACGGACGAGGAGUUUAGUCGCAAGGACAUCAUCACGCUGCAGGAUCCGCAGAACGUCGAGGCGAGGAAUCUCAGCUCGUUUAACUAUUUGAAGGAGGGGGAGACAGGAUUUACUGAGGAGCAGUUGCGGGAUAGGAGUAAUCCUGAAAACAACGUCAACAUGAACGCGCUGGGCAGCUCGGCGAAGAUCCUGAAGGCUAAAGAGGCUGUUGCUAAGGCUCGGGCUGAGCGGGCUGCUGCUGGUGCUGCGUCAAAGACGCCUUCCAACGUCGCUAGCAUGGCAAAUAGUGGGAAAGCUCUUGCACGGACGACGUCUGCUUCUAUCUCUAGCCAGACAGGAAAGCCGACUCCGUUCAAUGCGGCAAGGCAUACAACGGGGCUGGCUGCAGCGUCGCUUACUAGUACGGGGUUAACGCCGCAUACUUCUGCCGAGCUCGCGAUUCUUUCAGAUGAAGAAUACAUGUUGAAGCGGGGUCGAGUCAAGGAAAAGGGCUACGCGCGAAUCUCGACCACGGCUGGGGAUCUGAAUCUGGAAUUGUACCCGGAGUAUGCACCCAAAGCUGUGUGGAACUUCUUCCAACUGGCUAAGAAGGGAUAUUACAACGACGUUACUUUCCAUCGGAACAUUAAAGGGUUUAUGAUCCAGGGCGGAGAUCCAACAGGCACUGGCCGGGGAGGCCAGAGUGUCUGGGGCAAGUACUUUGCCGACGAAUUCGAAGGACCAUUGAAGCACGACGCGAGGGGUACUAUUAGCAUGGCAAACAAGGGGAAAAAUACGAAUAGCAGCCAAUUCUUCAUUGCUUACCGCGCACUACCUCAUCUCAACAACAAACAUACCAUUUUUGGACGUCUGAUCGACGAUCCCACUCCAUCAUCUACCACGCUGAAUAAACUUGAAACACACCCUGUCGACCCAAACACCAAUCGACCUGACCCUGAAAUCCGCAUCAAAGAAGUGACGAUAUUUGUGGAUCCUUUUGAAGAUUUUCUGGAGAAAAAACGCCGGGAAGACGCAACGGCAAGGGGCAAGACUGCAGGCGCAGAAGACGAGAAGGACACCGACUCUCGGCGAGCCGAGGACGACCACGUCACUUGGACAGGGAAGAGAGUUCGUGGUGCCGGCGCUACGGCAGCUGGGGGAAGCUCCGGGGCCGAUGGAGUAGGCAAGUACUUGAAAGCCGCACUUGCAGAGCGUGCAGGCCAGGAGGAAGAUGAGAUUAUCGAGUAUGUGGACGAGGAGCCGGCACCAGAGCCCGCACGGAAGAAGGCUAGGGGGACGGGUGGAUUCGGCGAUUUCAGCUCCUGGUGA